AUGGCAAGCGACCGCGAGAACCAAAAAUCCGCCAAGAAACCAGCUUCGCUGGGACUGGUCGUAAUCGACCCGGUGCGCGAUUUUGUCACGUCAGACGGUCCGUUUGUCCGCAAGUACGGGGAGGAGGCAUGUUGUCCUCUGCAGCAGCUGGUGCGCAAAACGCUCCCGGAGCUCAUCGCCACAGCCUUGCAGGCUGGUAGUCGCGUCGACUGGAUUCUCCUCGUCAGGAGCGAGUACCGGCGUUCGCAAUUUGCCAGUGGUGCUGGAGGAGAUGUUGACGUCGACCCCCUUAUGGACUUGUGCACCACAGAUGAGGGCCGCGGCUUUGCGGACGAAAUACGUGAUGUGAUCCGGAAUCGCGGUUAUUUCUUAAUGGAUCAUUGGUCGAAACAUCGCGCCAGCGGCGAAAAGCCUUUUCUGCUACUCCUAACCAAGUGUAGCAACGACAUCUUCAACUGCAGCGAUUCGCAGAAGAGCGCACUGCGAGCGCUUCUAACUGACACUGCUACAGAGGAAGUGCUCGUGACCGGCUUGACCCUCACCAGCUGUGUGCAAGAAUCUGUCAAAGCGAUGGCGCGCCAGAUAAUUCUUGACCCUCAUUCAUCUGCGACGAGGAUUAUUGUUGCACGGGACGGCGUCGCGUCGCGUGCGGGGCAUGGGCAGGACGAGCGUGCUAUCACACAGAAAAAAGCUGGCAGGUCAUAUUUGUAGUGCAAAAAUAAAUGGACAAAAAAAUUUGUAUUGCAUGCCCUAAAUAGCAUGCUAUGAGGCCGCCCAUGACAGAUCUUUCUGUGUGUUUAUUUUUGCAUUACAAAUCUGCCCUGCCAGCUUUUUUCUGUGGGAUACGUGCGGAACAAAUUUUCGAAGAGCUGCAGAAGGAUUUCGGGGUUGAAAUCGUCGAUACUUGGAAAAGCGUCGUUGAUGUUGAAGGGAGGUGUUCAUCGAAUAACAACAACAAGUCGUUGAUUACUCGAGAAGCUGCAGGAGGACAUCAAACCGAAACCGCGUCGAACCUUUUACCGGAAGUAGCGAGACUGAAGAAAUAUGCUGAACAGGUCGUUGCAACACGACUAGCAGGAGCACCGCCCCGCGUGGUGGGCGACAAUUUCGCUGUCGAGCCGCCGUCGGAAGAACGAAUGAAGAAAAGAAGAAGCGGGUUUCUACAUUCAGAUGGGGGAGGACCUAAAGAUUUUCCACCCGCGGCUCCUCCCGUUGUGGGCAUUUACGGAGUUUCCGGCAGCGGAAAAUCCUACAUCUUGGACCAUUUACGUGCGACCUACGGCAAGAACCUGUUUCUCUUCAUCGAUGGCAAGGAGCGGAUUGCUUGUGCAGUGGAGAGACUUGGUUACAACGAUGCGUCUGGGAUGAAUCAAUCCUCCAGGAACUACCAUGUGUCUCCGGAGCUGAGGCCUUUAAAUGAACCUUUAGAUGAGCAGAAAGAGGACCGUUUACUGAAGCUCUUCGCUACUCUCUCUCCCGCGGACAAAAUCCUCGUGCGUGAGAGCGCGAUUAGUGAUAUCGCAGCGAGCGCACGCGCGUCGCAGAAAAUUGCAGUCGUUGCCGGCCACUACGCUUUUCCGACGCUGCUGUCGUCCUCGGAUGGUGAUGAGCCCACUUCAUCUUCUUUCGAGACCGCUUUCACAAAUGCCGACUCUGAGGUUUACACACACAUUUUCUACCUCCGGACCCCUGCGUCUGAGAUUCUGAAGCGGUGCACAAAAGACGCAGAAACGGGGAAGCGAGUGCGAAAGGUUCUACUCAAAGAGAAAACGGAGAUGGUGGACGCUUGGAUGGCCUUCGAGGAAGCAGGAUUAGCGCAGAAAAUGUCCUCCGCCCACAGCAAGUUUAUUCUCAAGUUAGCUGCGGAUGACUACGCAAGUUACGAUCGGGUGGUAGCGGAGUGGUUACUCACGAUCCACGAAAGCUUCAACAAUCAACAGGUCGUCCCUGCGGUCCUGGAUUUUGGCCUCAAAAAUCUUCGUCCAGUCAAGAACCCCACGAUCGAAACCUACCUGGUCUUUGACGCCGACAGAACACUCGCUCCCAUGGAUACAGGAGCGCUUUUCUUCGAGCUGUUGGAAUCCGAGCUACAGAAGCGAGGGCGAGAAGAUAUGCAACUGCAAGGGCGGUUCUGUAGCAGAAGUAGCACGGCGAAUAUUACUCGUCUGGAAACCAUCUUCACUGCUUCGUACAAGUACACCGAGUUUUAUGCAAUGCAAAAGUAUCGCACUAGUAGAAAUCGCAUUACAAAUUCGGUCAGCAUGACAAAUGAAAUUUGUCAUGCUGUUUUACCUUGGUAUGGAGAUUUGUGUAUGCAUGAAUGCAAUUACUACGAAUACGAUACUUUUGCACAGGAUAAUUUUGUUUCGGCAGCAAAACUCUACGCCGACGUGCUCGAGGUGCUUGGACCCACAAAGUUCCGCAAUCUGUGUAGUCAAGUCGCGCACAAGGUAUCGCAAUCACUGUACCCGGAGUUCCGUGACCUGAUCAAACAGAUAGUGGCGUCACGUGAUAUUGGAAAUGCGAACAAGCUGCAGAUCGUCAUCGUCACGUGCGGCCUGAGAGUCGUCUGGGAACAAGCUGCGAGUGCCGCGGUUUGUCCUGGCUCAUUUCCACUUUGUCCCUUCGUGGUUGUCUUGGGCCUCGACCCCGAACGAAAUACUCCCGUCAUUAUCAAUCCUGCGGCGAAGCUGAAAGUUGUGGAGCAUUUGCGGCAGAGAAGCCCUGGCUGUCGAAUUUUGGCGUUUGGGGACAGUCCGCUGGAUAUUCCCAUGUUGCGGGGAGCGGACUACGGCUACGCGCUGGUUGGCACGUCGAAGAGCUUCGCAGCGGAAUUGAAGCGCAGUUCUUGUGGACAUCAGCAGCUUCUGGAUGAGAUGAGUGCUCGUUUUCGUGUGCGCAAGCUGGAUCUCCUGUCAACAUCCUCGAAGAUGAAAACUGCGACGAAUGCGGUGGCCUUGUCCUUAUUUCUACCAGAAGCGACCAUGGACGAAGUCCGGGACCUGGUGUUCCACUGUGGUAUUGAAAACCGUGGUAUGAACUGCAAAUAUGUCUGGGUCUGGGAGAUUCCGAGAUUUGUCAUGCUAGUCUGGCAUGACUCUAAACUCUGUAUUGCGUGUCAACGAAGAGUUCCCCUUGUCUGUCAUGCAAAAACGCAGUUUCUCAUGCGGAGUACGCAACUCUGAACUACGGAAAAACUUGUCAUGCUGGGGAGCGCAUUACAGGGUGCUUAAUAUUCCCUUCCUUGCAUCACAAAUUUCCAGACCCAGACGUAUUUGCAUUGCAUACGUGGUCCGGCGCCGUCACCUCCCAGCACGGUUAAGAAUGGUCCGACGGUCCUCGUCCCAGGCGAUCAAGAAUCUCCAUCUCGCGUUUUCUAUCCAAGAAAAAAACGUUGUUAGUGUAAAUUUGUGGUGCGCAACAUGCAAGAUGAUUGCGUCUGUCAUGCUUGGCGUGCGUCGUAGGGUCCAUUAAAGGGCGUUUUCGCGUACUAUUUGCGCUUGACAGGUUUUUGCUGUCAUGCCAGACAAAUUUGUAAUGCUGUUCCUCCAAAAAAGUUACACCUACAAUGUUUUUUUCUUGGAUAUUUUUCGUGCCAGCAGCACUGGUCCUCGUGCGACCGCGGCGAAUAAAGACAGUCUAGGAGAAAAAUUCGUUGAGCCUGCCAUGCAGCGUUCCCGGACCGGAAUUAUAUCGGCGAAGACGUGUGCAUCUUCUUCUAAAGCUUUGUGGAGUAAGACUGUCCGUAAUUGUUCCACUUCCGGUCGUGGUCCACCAGCUAUGACGAGCCAAGAUUUCGAUUUCUUCGCGCUGUGUUUUGACGGGUCAACCCUGCCUUCCAGCCAAAUUUUGGCGACGAAGAUGCGCGACGCGGCAAACGCCGGGCCGGCCUUGGGCGCUAUCCACACCGAGGUCGGGAAAUACUUGGCGCUGAAGAUGCUGGAUUGUUUUGGGGACGAGUUUUUGGGAAUGUGCGAUAUCAAGCAUGUGCAGGUACGUAAGGAAGUUUCUUUUUUGUCGCAUUGUGCAUAUAGUAGUUCUUGGGACGACCACCAGCAGGCCUUGAGCCAGUCGAAAUUUCCUCUCACCGAAUGCAGUACUAUCAUGAUCACCUGCCUCCAUGUAGGUCGACCUCGUCUUGCAGUACUGGAAACAAACAUUUAAAAAUCGCGCUCUUCAAGAAAAACCUUUACAUCAUUUUCAAACAGGGGCAUCUUUGUCCCGGUGGAGGUUUCGAACCGGACUUCUCCUUUGGUCAAAACAGCCGGAUGUUGAAAAAAGCCAGCAUUCUCGCCAU